UGACAGUCGUCAGGACGACGGCAGGAAGUUUGGAAGAGAAACGGAGCUCAUCGGUGUGUUUAACAUCGCUGUGCAUGAAAUCGCUAAACAUUGGAGUCCGGCUUGAAAACCAGAUGGACAGAUGGUUUGGCUCUGCUGUACUGUUUACUGAAGUGGUUCUCAACCAGGAGGCACGGAGAGAUCAGAAGGGGGCGCAAGUUGGGGAGAGGUGGAGCUUAGCCUGCCUUUUAUCUAGCUUCAUGGGGGUGAAUGAUCUGUGGUCGAUCCUGAGUCCGGUGCAGGAAUCUGUUCCAUUAUACAGUCUCACGGGAAAAACUCUGGCUGUGGAUCUCAGUCUGUGGGUCUGUGAAGCCCAGCACGUUCAAGGCAUGAUGGGCAAAGUCACAAAACCUCAUCUACGCAAUUUGUUUUUCCGUGCAUCUUCUCUCCUUCGGAUGGGCAUCAAGCUCAUUUUUGUUAUGGAAGGAGAAGCUCCUAAGAUCAAGGCGGAGACUAUGAGCAAGAGGACAGGGACGAGGUUCUGGGGCAGUAAAAGCAAGAGCGUCCUGAAACCGGCAACAGCCAAAAACACCAGCAGAGUGCGCUUUAAAGCUGUGCUUAGAGAGUGUGCUGAGAUGUUAGACUUUCUGGGCAUACCGUGGGUGUCUGCAGCGGGCGAGGCAGAGGCCAUGUGUGCGUUUAUGGAUGCACAGGGAUUGGUGGACGGCUGCAUUACCAGUGAUGGGGACGCUUUCCUGUAUGGUGCACAAACUGUCUACAGAAACUUCAACAUGAACACAAAGGACCCUCAGAUUGACUGCUAUAAGAUGUCCAGAGUGGAGACGAAGCUGCAGCUGAAGAGAGAGACUCUCGUGGGCCUGGCUGUGCUCCUCGGCUGUGAUUACAUACCUAAAGGUGUUCCAGGUGUCGGCAAAGAACAAGCUCUUAAAUUAAUACAGAGUUUAAAAGAAAAAACUCUUCUUCAAAAAUUCAGUGAUUGGAGGAAAACUGCUUCUGAGACUCAGGAGUUUGCUGUGAAGAAGGUCACCCACUGCCUGGUGUGUCGUCACCCUGGUUCUGCUAAAUCUCAUGAGCGCAGUGGCUGUGUGUACUGUGGCAGUGAGAAGUUCUGUCAGCCUCAGGACUACGACUCGCAGUGUCCCUGCGACUGGCACCGCACUGAGCACGCUCGCCAGGCCUCCUCCGUCGAAACACUCAUCAAAAGGAAAACCCUGGCCUGUGACAAGUUCCCUUUCACAGAGAUCAUCAACGAAUUUCUGGUUCCAAAGGACAAAGCUGUGAAUGGUUUUAAAAGACGGAAACCCAACCUACUCCUCAUGCAGAAUUUUGCGCUGGAGAAGAUGGAGUGGCCCAAACAUUACACCAGCGAGAAAGUCCUUGCGCUGAUGACCUACACUGAACUCGUGAACAGAAGUCAAGGGACACAAUCGUCAACACAGAUACAACCCAUACGAAUAUACAAGCGGCGCAUAAGGAAUGGAGUCUCCUGCUUUGAAAUCAUGUGGCAUAAACCAGAUCAUUAUGUAUUUCCCGAGGACUGCCCUCAGGACGAGUCUGAUGUAGUGAGAACCGUGGAAGAGGAAAACCUGUUCACCGUGGCGUUCCCAGACAUCGUCCAGCUCUUCCACAAGCAAACAGCAGAGGCCAAGGACAACAAAUUAAAGAAAAAGAAACCGAAGGCAGAAAAAGAGAAGCCCGUUGUUUCUUCUGAUGGAGUGUCUGAUCUUUUUACUAAGAUGUCUCUGAAAGGUUCUUCGCAUCUCGAACCCCUUGUAUCCUCAGGGAAAGGCUUACAGAUGAUAACCAUUUUAGAGUCUGAUCCUGACCACUGUUCCUCUGCAACACUAACUACAGCAUCGAAACUUACUAAACACACUAAUUGUCAUGAAAUCCAGUCAGUCCCCAAUGCCCCUCUUCCCUCAUUUAUACAACAACCAGAGGUUCUAGCUUCACCCUGCCAAACAGGGACAUUAUCUCAGGCUCAGAAUUGCCUUUCAGUAUCUGUAGUGAUUGAUGAGCUUCACUUGAAUAGUAUAGACUGGGAUGCUUUGUCCUUCACUGCUACCCCAUCUCCUCAGUCUCAGCACAGUAAAGCUGAUCCUCAACCAGUGAACAAAUCAAACGAAGGAACCAAAAUGGAAGGCCGUGACUCAUCUACUGCUGUUCGGUCAGACUGUGCAGCUCCGCAGACUGACAGACUUUCAGAGCGUUCACUGAUGGAAAGAGUCCGUUUGAGGAAAAUGAUGGAGUGUUCUGGUUCUCAGAAUAAUAAAGAGAAGGAAUCCAAAGUUCAAAGUGUUGGUUCUGAACUGAAAUACACUUCAGGUUUAAGCCACAAGCCAUUGUCUGAGAAUCCUAAAGUUCCACCUCACUCACGGUAUCAAAAAUCAGAGCUUGGCAGAAUUAACACUGUGGCUUCUGAUUCAAAGGAAAAAACAUUCACAAAAAUGCAGCAGGCCAAAGAUUCUUUCCCUGUCCCAGUACCACAUAAAUACAAAUUUGUUAAACCAAAACACUUCAACAGACCAUCCAACGUUCCUGAGCAGACAAAUAAAGAAAGCGCAUGUAAGAAGAGUGUUUGUAGAAGACAAGGUUCUUCCAGUGAUAACAGUGGUGUGGAGAAUCAGCCCCAAAGCAAACUGAAAGCCAAGGUUGAGCCUAAAGCACGGAUUGUACAAAAAACUGUUCUAGCACAACAGCUUAUUAAACAGGACAGGUGUGAUAUGUUUCCAAAUUCUGUAGGCACACAAUACGGCUCAGACUCCACAACUCCUGAAAAACAACCACACAACACGGGCUUCUCGAGAACAAAUCCACGAACACAGACAUGCAGCGCAAAGAGUGAUGAUGAUGAGGCAGAUGCUUCGAUCUGUAGUCCUUUGCCACUAGCAGAGAGGCUGAAACUUAAAUUUAACAAAUGAAAAUAAUGCCGUUAGUCAUUGGUAAUAAAUUAUCUAGCUGUUUUUAAUAAGAAUGGAUUGCAACAGAUUGUCAGUGCAUGUUUUGUGCAAAACAGUGUGCAUUUUAAUAAAGUUUGGGUUGCAAACUG